CAGGACUAGACUGAAGGUCGAAAGAACAGGGAGGCCAUGUUGGAUUUUCAGUGAAUUUAUCGUGUGACCGCAACAUCAGAAAUGGACCCACGGCACAGUGCGCAGGAAGUCCUACUGUGUGACUCCUGUGAAACUGUCCCCCUACAGAGUCAUUGUAAACUUUGUCAUAUAAAUCUCUGUGUUAACUGUGUCGGUAAACACCUUUCGGAUUCCUCUAUAAUACACAAUGUCGUGCCAUAUUUACACAGAAGUUCUACUCCUACCUACCGAAAAUGUCCGAAACACGUCGGAAAAAAUUGUGAAAUGUUCUGUGAGAAAUGUGACAUUCCUGUCUGUUCUACCUGCGUCACCUCAGGUAAACAUGAAGGUCACAGAUUAUCAGAUGUUCUGAAAAAACUUGGAUCUAAAACACAAAAUUUACAAAAGGAUUUAGAGGAACUCGAGACCAGAAUUUAUCCCCGAUGUGAAGAAAUGGCGUACGAUGUCCAAACAGAGAAAGCCGAGUUAGAAACGAAAUACGGGAAACUGACAACAGCCGCCGAUCAACAAGGAGAAAUCUUACACCGGGAGAUCACCGCCAUUGUCAACCAACGGAAAUCCGACAUUGCGGAAAUGAAAAACAAACACCUGGCCGCUCUGAAUAAAAAUACAGAUGAAGUUACAAACAGAAUUACAGAACUCAGACAGAUUAUUCAGGACCUGAAGAAAAUACUGGCCUCUAAUGAAGUCUCCUUAACCUCUACCUACAAAUCUAGGAAUUCUGAAUUUAGAACAUUGCCACCUAAAGUCCGAGCUACAUUUCCGAUUUUCUCUCCUCCGAAAAUAAACAAAGAUCAGCUCAAUGAAAUGUUCGGUUCUCUGUCGGCAUUAUUCAUGAACACAGAACAUGGCGACACAAUGAAAUCACCAGAAGCUGUAUCGUCUCCUCGAGGCAAACCAUUUCUUGAUGAACCGCGACUCACCGCCACCAUAGACACUGGGUAUAGACCACUCAGUGUUAGCUGUCUCAAUGAAAUACAGGUAUGGACACGUGGGGAUAACGAAAUCAUGAAGCUCAUCAACCUCCGAGGAAAACUACUGACAUCAGAACAAACCGAGUCAGGGGAAACACCACAAGACAUAGCAGUGACGCGGGACGGAGAUCUUGUUUUCACUGACUAUAGAAAUAAAACUGUAAAUCUAGUGAAGAAUAAUCAGAUACAAACCGUGAUCACACUACAGGGAUGGGUUCCUCUCUAUGUCUGCAGUACCGUCUUUGAUGAUAUCCUGGUUACCAUGAUCAGUGAUGAUGGAAAACAAUCCAAAGUUGUGCGUUACUCUGGUUCUACAGAGAAACAAACCAUUCAGUUUGAUGAUCAGGGUCAUCCUCUGUAUUCAUUUGAUUUUUUACCUAAAUACAUCAGCGAGAACAAUAACUUGGAUAUCUGUGUAGCUGACAAUAAAGCUAGUGCAGUAGUGGUGGUCAAUCAGUCAGGAAAACUCCGAUUUAGAUACACUGGUCAUCCCUUUAAUACUGAGGAAUCAUUUGAUCCACGCGGUAUCACUACAGACAGCCAGAGUCACAUCCUGACAGCAGACUAUUACAAUCACCGUAUUCACAUCCUAGAUCAGGACGGACAGUUCCUCCGUUACAUUCACAACUGUGGUUUAUAUGGUCCAUACGGUUUAUGUGUGGACAUCAGAGACAACCUCUUCGUGGCUAAUGGAGAUAAUAAAGUGAAAAUAAUUCAAUAUCUAUAACCACAGUGCUAAUUUCACAUCUUAACACGAUGAUAGUUUUAUAUCUAAACACAGCGCAAUCUACAGUUUUCUGUUAACUACAGAUCUAUGCUAUUACAGUUCUGUGUUCACUACAAAUGCUUGUUAAUUACAACCGUGUGUUUGUGGAGUGUAAUUUACGUGCAUUGAAUCUAUUGACACACUAUUUGUGUUUGUGAAGUGUAAUUCACGUGUAUUAAAUGAAAGGCGAAGAUAACGAACAGUGAUAAAUCUUAUAACUCCUAUCAGCAAUACAAAACAGAGAAUUGGGCAAACACGGACCCAUGGAUAUAGCAGAGGUGGGAUCGGGUGAUCGGGUGCCUAGGAGGAGUAAGCAUCCCCGAUCGAUUGGUCACAUCCGCCGUGAGCCCGAUAUCUUGAUCAGGGUUAUCCGUAGUCAAAACCAAUGUUCAAAGUAUGUUCUAACAAUCGGUAUGAAACACGUCAGAGAGUAUUUAACCCAAUGAUAGAUAUUAUUGGCAAACUGGAUCGUUAGAAUCUAUUGACACAGUAGUUGCGCACAAGUUUUUGUGUGGAUAACAGAUUGAAUGUUGUUUAAAAAUUGUAUUGUACAAUAUCUAUAUUUUGUGAAACAUUAUUAAUUUUAGUAUACAAAUUACUAAUUCAUCUGUGUUACUGGUUAUUUAUAUAUCUAUAUACAAUCUUUUGAAUAAAUAUAAAUCACAAAAGGUAAAUCAAUGACUGCAAUGUAUUAAUUAAGAAAUGUCUAUUUACAUUUAACUUUGGAUUAUAACUCAUGAAAGGUGAAGAUAUCAAACAGU